CUCCCUCCCCUCUCACCCCUCCCUCCCCCCUCUCUCUCCCACCCCUCCUUAUUAGGUGUCAGUAAAACGACCACCAAUGAAUUAUGCAUGGUGGAACUUGGUUACUCUCCGUUACGUGUCCUCAUAACAGCUAAGCAGCGUAAAUUUUUCUCGAGAAUAUGGACGGGAAGAAGUGAAAUGGGAGACGAUCCAUUUGCCCAUACUAUUAAUGUUGUAUUAAGUUUUAAUAUGCCUAUGUCACGAUAUGUAGGCGAUCUUUUUAUUAAUGAUAUUGAUGAUGUUCAAAUAGCCUUACACACUCUGAAACAGAAACUCAAACUCAGACUUAACACCCAGCCUGUCCCAGCACCCAUGCCUGUCCCAGCACCCAUGCCUGUCCCAGCACCCAGCCUAUCCCAGCACCCAGCCUGUCCUAGCACCCAGCUUUCCGGGCACCUACUCUGUCCCAGCACCCAGUCUGUCCCAGCACCCAGCCUGUCCCAGCACCCAGCCUGUCCCAGCACCAUGCCUGUCCUAGCACCCAUGCCUGUCCCAGCACCCAUGCCUGUCCCAGCACCAUGCCUGUCCCAGCACCCAGCCUAUCCCAGCACCCAGCCUGUCCUAGCACCCAGUCUUUCCGGGCACCCACUCUGUCCCAGCACCCAUGCCUGUCCCAGCACCCAGCCUGUCCCAGCACCCAUGCCUGUCCUAGCACCCUGCCUGUCCCAGCACCCAGCCUGUCCUAGCACCAGUCUUUCCGGGCACCCACUCUGUCCCAGCACCCAGUCUGUCCCAGCACCCAGCCUAUCCCAGCACCCAGCCUGUCCCAGCACCCAGCCUGUCCCAGCACCCAUGUCUCUAGCACCCAUGCCUGUCCCAGCACCCAUGCCUGUCCUAGCACCCAUGCCUGUCCCAGCACCAGCCUAUCCCAGCACCCAGCCUGUCCUAGCACCCAGUCUUUCCGGGCACCCACUCUGUCCAGCACCCAGCCUGUCCCAGCACCCAGCCUGUCCCAGCACCCAUGCCCCCUAG